AAACAAUAUAUAAAUAAAUAAAUCCUUUCAUGCAGUCUGGGCGUUAUAUCUGUUUUUUGACUUCUUUUCAGAUCUACCUAUCCGUUGUUACUGAUUGCUGGAACAUGGGUGGAGUUUGCGCUGCGAUUCUUGUUGGCAUUUUGUUGGGGUUUUCUCUUCUUGCAAAUGGUCUUAACCUGUGGCCGAUGCCGGCUUCAGUGAGCUAUGGAUCGAGCACACUUUAUUUGAGCAGAAAUUUCCGGUUGAGAACUGAUGGGAGCAAAUAUUCAGAUGGUUCCGGGAUUCUCAACGAUGCCUUCUUGAAGAUGGUUGAUGUUAUCGGCGAUGCUCAUGUAAUUGAUGGCAUUGUGCCUAGCUCUGGUGUGCUUGAUGGAUUGCACGUUCAAAUUUUAUCGGAAGAUGAUGAGUUAAACUUUGGCGCAGAUGAAACUUACAAGCUAUCCAUUCCUGCAAGCAACAAAGAAACGUACGCCCAAGUUGAGGCACAAACUAUUUAUGGAGCACUUCAUGCUUUAGAGACUUUUAGCCAAUUAUGCUAUUUUAAUUUUACUAGCAAAAUUAUUGAGCUUCAUUCAGCACCCUGGAGGAUUAUAGAUCAACCAAGGUUCCCUUAUCGUGGUCUUAUGAUAGACACAUCAAGGCAUUAUCAGCCGCUGUCAGUAAUUAAGAAGAUCAUUGAUUCCAUGGCCUACGUGAAGUUGAACGUGUUACAUUGGCAUAUUGUAGACAGAGAAUCCUUCCCUUUAGAGAUUCCUUCAUAUCCAAAUUUGUGGAAUGGUGCUUAUUCUUACUCCGAGCGGUAUACAAUUGCUGAUGCUCGUGAAAUCGUUCAGUAUGCUCAAAGAAGAGGGAUAAAUGUUCUCGCUGAGAUUGAUGUGCCAGGGCAUGCUGUUUCUUGGGGUUUGGGAUAUAAUUCUUUAUGGCCAUCCUUUGACUGUCAAGAGCCACUCGAUGUCAGUAAUGAGUUUACAUUUCAAGUUUUAGAUGGAAUUCUUUCAGAUUUCAGCAAGGUUUUCAAAUUCAAAUUUGUCCAUUUGGGCGGUGAUGAAGUUAAUACAACUUGUUGGAAGACUACACCUCACAUAAAGAAAUGGUUAAGGAAAAAAAGGAUGAAUGAAUCUGAUGCUUACGAAUACUUUGUCCUAAGAGCACAAAAAAUAGCAUCAUCCCAUGGCUAUGAAUUCAUUAAUUGGGAGGAGACGUUCAAUGAUUUUGGCAAACAACUUAGCCCCAAAACUGUGGUUCAUAACUGGCUUGGUCGUGGAGUUGCUGAAAAAGUAGUAGGUGCGGGACUAAGAUGCAUUGUUAGCAACCAAGACAAGUGGUAUCUUGAUCACUUGGAUGCCACAUGGGUUGGUUUCUAUAUGAAUGAACCACUUGUAAAUAUCACCAAGCCUGAGCAACAGAAACUAGUCCUUGGUGGUGAAGUAUGCAUGUGGGGAGAAACGGCAGAUGCAUCAGAUAUAGAGCAAACAAUAUGGCCCCGCGCUGCAGCAGCAGCAGAGCGUCUAUGGACCCCAAUUUCGAAGCUAGCAACAGAUCCCAAGAUAGUUGCACCCAGAUUGGCUCAUUUCAGAUGCUUACUCAACCGAAGAGGAGUCGCCGCUGCGCCGUUGUUUGCUCCUGGUAGAGGCACUCCAACGUUCACAGGCUCCUGCAUCCAACAGUAAUCACAGAGCACCUCUUCCGGAUAUCAACCUUGGACUAUUUAUUGGGUAUUAGGCUGCAAAAUAACCUUUUUAUAUAAAUGAGAGAGGGUGGGGUGGGGGUGGGCAUGUUUGUAUUCUCUAUUCCAAUAUUUUAAAUGCUGUAAAAAUAAAACGAAACUGCAAGACACAAAUCAAGCAGUUUUCCUUUAUUGCCUGGUUAACUGUAAUCUACUGCUUUCCUUAAAAGUGUGCGUAUUGCAUAAAAUAAUCUGCUGGUUCCCAACUAAAGCUGAUUCCUCUCUAUAAAACUGAAUUAUGUUAAUGCACGGGACUAAUCCCAGUAUGCAUACAAUGCUCCAGAACCAUUCCCGCUGCAAAUCUUUUCACG